UGAAGGUGAAAGAUGUUUCACAUAUUAACACUCUGUAUCUCAGUGUCAGUCACCAUAAUUUUGAAGAUGCCCUGUGAAAAUCAAGUUUUAUUUUUACAUCUGCUCAGAUAUUCUUAAAAGUCAGUAGUAUGUGUUCUCUGCUCCUUGGCCCAGGCUGAGGAUCCAAGUUGCUUUUGGAUUGCUGUGAGAGAACCUGUGCCUGGUGUAGUCGGUGAAACUGUGUAUGCAAACCUGAAUGCUGAAAUGGAACAGUUUUAUACCUCUUACAAAGGUACAGAUGAAGUAAAAGAAGAGGAGAUUAAAAAAGGCCAGGUUUAUGUGGUUUUCAGUGAGGAGCUGAAGUGCUGGUGCAGGGCUCUGGUGCAGUCAGUGUGGUGCCAGGCAGAUGGUUACCAGUUCAGCUGUUUCCUCGUGGAUUAUGCCAAGUACUGCUAUGUUCCAUCAAAGAGCAUUCGAGUUUUACCAGGAGCAUUUGCAAAGAUCCCACACAGAGCAAAGAAGUGUCGACUGCACUGCACAAAGCCACUGACACUGCAUAUUGACUACUGUGAAAACACUGCCAAAAUAGGACCAGCCAAAAGAUGGGAUACUGCUGCCAUUCAGCAUUUUCGAAAGCUUCUUGAAGAGGCUACCGAGGUUAAAGCCACAAUACAGACAGUAGAAGAUAAAGUGUUAGAGGUGUUCCUUUUUGUGACUAUAAAAGAUGAAAAGAUCUGUGUUAAUGAUGAUCUGGUUGCCAAGCACUUUGCUCAUUACAAGGAAGAUGAAGGGACUGCAGGGAGUUCCUCAGAUGUUUCUGAUGAUGAACUGUCCUUAAAUGCUGAGGGUGUUCCAGUGGAGUUUGUUGGUCCUACGUUUCUUGCCAGGCCAAAACUGCCCUUUGGGGAGGAGGUGUCACCACAUCUUGGGCCAGGUCUUGCUGGCUGUAAUUCUGUUCCUAAAAAGCCAUCCCAAACAUUACACACAGAUCUAAAUGACAGUACAGUGCCUGUGGUCAGCACGGUGCCAGAUUUGCCUUCCAAGGAAGAUAAAGCAGUUCAGACAGAGAGGAUUCCACAGUUCUUGAAUUCCAGUUCCCUUCAGACACAUACAGUUGAAGAUGAACAACAGAGUUUACAAGAUGUUGGGAAAGAAAAAAGCUUUGUGUUCCUGAGCAAGAAAAUUGAACCAUCAUCAGUUUUGGAAGCAGCACCACUUUCUGAUGGUCUGAAAAAGGAACUUGCUUGUAACAAGUUUUCAGGCCCUACCUUCACCCAGUCCUACUGUUGGCCAGCAGCAGCUGGGGGAUGUGAUGUCGUUGCCAUCUCCCAUCAGGGAAAUGAUCCCUUGUUAUAUAUUCCACCAGUUCUUACACUGCUGCAGGAAAAUCACUACCAAGCCUUGCCAAACAUGAGUGGGCCACUAGCACUGGUUUUAUGUCCUGGAUGGAAGAAGGCACAGCUUGUUUUUGACCUGCUGAAAACGUACAGGAAGGGCUGCAGACACCUUCAUCCAGUGCUGAUAACCCUCGGGCAGAACAAGGAAGCAGCCAGCCAAAUGGAAAUCCGAGGCUGUGAAGUGGUAGUGACUACACCAUACAACCUCCUGAGACUGCUGGAACACAACACUGGGUUCUUGUGUAGGCUUUGCCAUCUUGUUCUUGACGAGAUCGAGGUGCUGUUUUCUGACACUUCUGAACAGGUGUUUACCAUACUGGAUUUUUACAAGAAGGCCACUGCUCGGCCACGGGGAAAUCUACCACAUCAGAUCAUUGCUGUGGGAACUCAGUGGAAUAAACAUAUCACACCCUUGAUAAAGGAGUUCAUGAAUGAUCCUCACAUUGUGAUAACUCUUAUUGAGGAAGCUGCCAUCUUUGGAAAUGUGCAACAGGUGGUGCAGCCCUGCAUAAGCAGCAGCAGAACUGCUGAGUUACUCAAAAUCUUGGAUUUUACCCAGAGGAAUCUUCAGAAAGUGCUGGUCUUCACUGACUCAGUAACUGAAGUAGAGAUGAUUCAUAAGACACUGAAGAGCAACUCAAUAGUUUCCUUGAAAAAGCAUAAAGAGAGCAAGUGUAAUGCUGAGUGUGUCUUGGAGAGGUGGAGAAAAAUGCACAGUUCUGGCACUCCUGCUGUGUUAGUUUUAACAGAUGACUGCCUGCCCUCCUUGGGAAUCACAGAUGCAGCUUGGGUGAUCCAUUUCAGUUUCCCAUCUGCAGCAGUCUUCGGGCAGCGCCUGCAAAGCUUGAGUGACAACUUCUGCCCUGGCAUAAAGGAUUCUGCUGUAGAUCAGGAAGACAUGAAGGCAAAGUCAGUCAUUCUGCUGACAGAGAACAGUUCCUGUCAUGCACCUGAGAUUUUCUACUACUUAAAGCAUGCAGAAGCUGAAAUUCCAGAAGAGCUCUAUGAUUUGACUGCCAGGGUGCAGGAAUCUGAGGAAGAUGAGAAAUUUUCAAGACCCCUGUGUGCUUCUCUGAAAACAUUUGGGAUUUGCAGGAACAGAACAGAGUGUCCAGAUCGUCAUCAAAUUAAUUUAUCAGUAGACAUGGCUCAGAAUAUUGCAGCUGAAAUGAUAGAAACACCUGAACGUGUGACAAUCCUGCCUCUCUUCAUUGUACAUGCAACAAAGUACUUUGGUCGAAUAGUCAGGAAACAAAAGGACCAAUAUGCAGCUGUUGCUAAAGACAUGAAUGAUUACUUCAGGGUACCAGGACACAGGAUUUCUGUGAAUGCUGUGGAGAAGUCAGUGUUCUAUGGGUUACGUGAGGGAGCUGUUUGCCACAGGGUUCAGGUGGUAGAGACUCCAGCAAAAGAUGAAGAAAAUGCCUGUAAGGUCACAAUUAAAUACAUAGAUGAAGGCAGGACAAGUCGAGUGAAUAGUGAUCAGCUGCUUCACUUGCCUGUGAAGUUUCAGAGUCUGCCACCUCAGGCUGUGGAAAUUAUAGUUUGUAGAGUAAAACCCAUAGAUAAUGAAGUCGAAUGGAAUCCAAAGGUGACUGAGCACAUCAAUCACAAAAUUAAAGGAAAAGUUCAUCAUGCAAAAGUGGUGCAAACCUUGGGAAGGACAGUUUGGGUUGACCCAAUGGUUGGGGUUACCCAUCUCCCCACGAUGAGGAUGUGGGUCAAUGAGUACAACAUUCGGUCUGAGAUUCUGUCAACGGGUUUGGGAACUGACAAUCCUGAACAUGUAGGAGCAAUUCUGAAGCUGUGCACGCAGAUGCCAGUUGUGGAUCAUGGACAGAGCUUGGAGCCUUUAAGCACAGAAGAGGACACAGCUGAUCUAGAGGAGGUGUCCAGUCCACCAAUACAGAAAGAUACUGCUGAAAGCUGUAACAGUCCUGUGACUCCUCCAAGCAAUUAUGUAAUUCAAACAAAGGAAGCAGAAGACUCUACUGUGCAUCAGCAGCAGGGCUGUCAUCCACCAAUCAAGUGGUUUCAAGAUGAUGUGAGUGUGACACUGAAGGUACAAAUACUGAGAGCAACUGAGAGUAGAUGUGAGUUCUGUAGAGAAAAGGUGACUUUCAGUGCUUAUUCAGAAGGGAAACGUUACGUGGCUGACCUGGAGCUGUAUCAGUCAGUAAUUGCAGAGAAGUCCACAUGUGUGGUUAAGGAUACAGAGGCUGUGAUUUUACUGGUAAAAGAGAAGAAAGGAACAUGGUGCAAAUUACUGAAGAACAAGAAUGUUCAUGUGUCCUUGGAUUUUGAAUGCUGGCAAGAGUCUGAAGAUGAAACGCCUUUUACAGUUGGUUCUGGAAAACUGAACUACCCUCCUGCAGGAUCUGAAGAGUGGUUUGAGUCCUCGGAAGACAGCGAUACAGAAAGUGAUGAGUAACUCGGAGGAGAAAUUCCUUUUCCCUCUGACAAGAAUUGUAUUAUUGUGAAUUAAACAGUUGAUGUAAUUGUUGUUAAUGUAAUUGCGGCUUGUUCAUGUAAUUGUUAAUUAAAAAUGUUAGUUGCAGUCAGGUUCUAACUGCGCCUAAUUGCAACCUUCACCUGAGAAGAGGUACUGGCAAAGCAGUGCCUGGUGUAAAAACACUGAAGAGCUGAUGUAAUCUAAUUUUGGUCUUGCUCUGCAUUGUGAUGACAACAGAAAUUUCCUACUUGAAAAAACCAGCUGUGGAGCAGAUGUUUGCUUUCUCUUGGUUCUGUUCUUCUUUGACUUA